UGUGUAUUGCAGAACCUAGCAUAACACUACCUACGAAAGACCUCUAACUUUGAAAGAGUUAAAGGGUGAGGUGCCCUCCUUGGAGUUCUACUGUAUUUCUUUUUUUUGGUUUGUUUAAUUUUUUAAUUUUAUUCUUUUUUAGAAAAAGUAGAUAAACUUGGGUCUUUCUCUUUUGGGUAUCACAUUGUAACAUGAUAUGAACAAUCGUAUACCCAAUGUAUACGAUGUGUUAACGAAACGCUGCAGUGCUCCAUUGAAUAUCUACAAUUUUUAUUUAUAUGUCCGUAAUGAAGAGCAUGGAAUCAAUUUCUUUGAUAUGUGGUUGGAUAUCGGUUUACUCGACAUCCUAACUAGGAUCCAUUUUCAAGAACUUGAAAAAUCACAUUCCAUUGCUACACAGAGUAGCUCUACCCUUGGGCUGAACGGCUCUCGAGUCCGGACAUCCAACCCUUCUAAUGUUUCUUAUGGCUUUCUGGAUGACUACUAUCUUCCUAAUUUUGGUCCUCUAUUUACAGAGGACAUGCUCAAUGUACAAGCCUUAGAUCCACCAGCUCUUUUUCAUAAUAAGGAUCGGGCAUCUUAUUUAAAGGACAUUUAUUCUUACAACUAUACCAAGCCUUUUCUUCCUUCCAACAGUAUGUUCACCCAAGAUCAGUUAUCUGCGUUUCGACAAAAAUUAGCAAACAGAUACUUAACGAAGGAAUCCCCUUUUCGGGUUUCUUUUCCGUCGCGUUUGGUAAAUCCCCUUGAGAAUGCAUCAAAGGAUCAAAUGAUCAGUAAUCCAAACCUUUUUGAAGGAAUUCAUUCAUAUAUUUUUCAUUACAUUCUUAAACCUGCUUAUGCUAGAUUUUUGGAAAAACGAAUGAAGCAUAACAUUAGUACUUCCAGCUAUGCCAUAAGAUUUCUCAUUGGAUACACUACUACGUUCGCAGCAUACUGGCUUGGGUUUUGCGGUAUAUUUUUGGAGUAUUCAAGAAAGGUACGUGUUUGGACUUUGCUUCCCUUUUUCAUCGGAUUUUAUAAUCUCACUUGUUCGUGGUUUUGCUUUGAUCCUCUCUUGGCAUUUGUAGGAUACUUUGAAACAAAGACAUUGCGGUUUUCAAGAAUUGAAAACAAAAAAGUUCGUCACCACUUACAAUUUAAGGCAUUUUAUGCUGGCUUGUUGAUUGCUGCAUUUGUGGCUGCCAAUACAGCUAUUUUCAGCAGCGUGCCUUCGGUUCGACUAUAAAAUGAUGCUUUUUUCCUAAAUAGUUUUUUAUUUCAUGAUCAUAUUUCGUUCCUGUUCCAUCCUAUUUCAAAAUACGUAUGAAUAAAGUAUUUCUCCGGCGAUAUAAUAUAGUUUCUUACUUGCUUUGGUUAUUAAAUUGUCUUUCUUCAAGCUCAUUCCAUAUAGCCGAUAUAAUCAAAGGCAAUUUUUGACCUACAGAUAUGAACGGAACAGUAGACAAAAGUAAAUGAAGAAAGAAAUUUAUAAUAUACCUUCAAUUCGCAUCCUCUUGAUUCAUUUUACCACGUUCCUAGAGCGGCA